UGCUAACAGACAAUGGGAAAUAAGAAACCCACCGACCAGUACUCUUGGGCCCAUGUUCCGGCUUCCUUAAGGCCAUCCACCACCUUCAGCUUGCCCCAAACUAUCUCCAGUGACUCUCCCCAGGUCACAGCAACCUGUUUACAAACAUCUAGAAUUCCCAGGCACUUUUAGGACAAGGGACUCAGGAUGUGUCCAAGUGGGCAGCAAAGUCUUCUCUAAGAGAAGCUGUUCCUCCAGAUCUAUUUAUGACGACGUAAACACUUGCCAAGGAAACAAGGCAUGUGGGCAUGCGCCGGCCCCACAGUCCCUCGGGUUGCUGCAAAAGGCAACUGAAAAGUCACAUGUCAUAACAGUGGAAAGUACAUAUGCAACUAUUCUUAGCCCUGGAAUGUAUACACUGUCUCCCUGCCCAGUGCUUCUUUCCCGAAGUUCUAGAAAACUGUGAAAGUACCGUCAGCAUAAACAAAUCCAGAACUCUCCCAGGACAAAUCAUCUGCCAACUGAAGGAAAGGCUUGGAUUUAUGGUCUCACUUGGAUCCAGAGGUGGAAGCUCUCUGGAGGGACCAGCCGGACCAGGCAUCAUCAGUGGAUGUCACUGCAGCAAAUGAAGGUAAAUAUCUCUAAUGUUUAAUUCUUCUGUGGGUAGACUGCCAGAUGUCAACCAGUAAACCCUGCCCAGGGUACUGUUUGGUCUCUGCUUUCUGUUUAUCACAUGUUUAAAACAAAACCCCAAAGACUGUCUGAAAUCAUGUUUUAAAAAAUAAGUUGCAAAGGCCCAUUUUCAUCCUUUAGUACUGUCUAGUUACCCGAGGGCCACGCCCCCAGAAUGACAUCCUUGGGGAAUGACUAACACCCAGAAAGAUGCUUAGAUGGGUUUACUAAAUAACACAUAUGCUGAGAAGCUCACAGAAUUCGGCUGGUCAAAUGCAUGGACUGUCACUUUGCUUCAGGCUCACAUUUAAUUAAGCCCCUGACAAUCAAGUAACUUCCAACAACAUUGGUGGUUCUUUUUCAUUUUUCUCAGAUUAUCUGAAGAUGCUAUUUGCCUAUUACCUUUGAGAGUAAUCACAACCAAAAAGAGAGGUGUUGGCUGUGAGGUCUUGGGUGUAGGUGGCCUCUCUUUCCAAUCUUCACUAAGCAACAUUCUUGGCGUUAUCCACAAGCAUCUUGGUGAAUAGACAUAGAUGCUAUAAGUCUUGGAGCCAACACAGUUAAACACUUCAGCACAUGCUUCCCCUUGGGACCUCUUCCCCACCUUGUAGAAUGGAUGAGGAGUUGCCAGAUGAGUUGCUCUUCAAAGACCAUGACUUCUCCUCUGACAUACUGAGGCAGCUCAAUGGCUUAAGGCAAAACAGGAUGCUGACUGAUGUGAGCAUCUGUACUGGGACCUGGGAGGUCCCCUGCCACCGAAGUGUGCUGGCCUCCAGCAGCCCCUACUUCAGGGCCAUGUUCUGCAGCAACUUCCGGGAGAGAAGCGAGCCCAAAGUCCAGCUGAGGGGCAUCGACCCCCCAACUCUGGACCAGAUCAUCUCGUAUGUGUACACUGGGGAGGUGCACAUCACGGCUGAGAACGUCCUGCCCUUGAUGGAGGCAGCCUCCAUGCUACAGUAUCCCAAGCUUCUGGAGGCCUGCUCCUCCUACCUCCAGAGCCAGCUGACCCCCGGCAACUGCUUGGGCAUGAUCAGACUCUCUGAAAUCUUAAGUUGUGAGAGCCUCAAGAAGAAAGCCAGGGAGGUGGCCCUGACGUGUUUUCCAGAGGUGGCUGCAUCGGCAGACCUGAAGGAGCUCUGCGUCUUGGAAUUGAGAGACUAUCUGGGGGACGACGGGCUCUGUGCGGAGGAGGAAAAGGUGUUUGAGGCCCUCAUGGUUUGGGUCAAGCAUGACCUCCAGGCCCGGAAACGACACGUGCAGGAGCUGUUCAAGCAAGUCAGGCUUCAGUACAUCCACCCGGCCUUCUUCCACCAUUUCAUCGCCAACAAUGCCCUCCUUCAGUCCUCGCCCUCAUGCCAGACCAUCCUGGAGACAGCCAAGAGGCAGAUGUUUGCUUUGCACAGUGCCACCAGUGCCCCAGACCUCCAACCUCCAUGGCAUGUCCCCCCAAGAACCUCUUACCAAGAUUUCCUCGUCCUCUUGGGUGGAAGGAAGGACAGCCAGCAGACCACCAGGGACGUUCUGCUGUACAACAGACAGACCGGCCAGUGGCAGAACCUUGCCAAACUCCCGACCCGGCUGUACAAGGCCUCAGCUGUCACUUUGCACCGCAGCAUCUAUGUGCUGGGAGGCAUGGCUAUCGGCACAGGGAAGAACAUGCCCAGCCACAACAUCUACAUCUACUCCCUGAAGCUCAAUCAGUGGAGGCUGGGGCAGCCCAUGCUGGUCGCCCGCUACUCGCAUAAAAGCACUACCCAUAAGAACUUCAUCUUUUCCAUUGGGGGGAUUGGAGAAGGGCAGGAAGUCAUGGGCUCCAUGGAGAGAUACAACAGCAUCUUGAACAUCUGGGAGAGUAUGGCCAGCAUGCCAGUGGGGGUUCUCCACCCUGCAGUCGCUGUGAAAGACCAAAGACUCUACCUUUUUGGGGGAGAGGACAUCAUGCAGAAUCCUGUGCGCCUUAUCCAGGUUUACCACAUUUCCAGAAACACAUGGUUCAAAAUGGAGACGAGAAUGAUCAAGAAUGUGUGCGCCCCUGCAGUGGUGCUGGGGGAGCGUAUUGUCAUCGUGGGAGGUUACACGAGGAGGAUUCUUGCUUAUGACCCUCAAUCCAACAAAUUUGUCAAGUGUGCGGACAUGAAAGACCGCAGGAUGCACCAUGGGGCCACGGUGAUGGGGAACAAGAUCUAUGUAACGGGUGGGCGGCGGCUGACCACAGAUUGCAACAUUGAGGACUUGGCCUCCUUUGACUGCUACGACCCUGAGACGGAUACCUGGACAUCCCAGGGACAGCUUCCUCACAAACUCUUUGAUCACGCCUGCCUCACUCUCCAGUGCAUACCCCACACUCCCACCUUCUCAUGAAGUCGGCGAGAAACUGUUGGUCUUAGUCAAGAUGCUUUCUGUUGCAAGGGACAGAAACCCAAUUCCAAGGAGCUUAACCCUAAAAGGAUGCAGGGAGUGCCCACAGGACUGAAAGUUCCAGAGCCCGGAGGCCUGAAACCAGACAUAUUGUUGCCAGAACUCUCUGUCCACACCGCAACUCUCUCUCUCCCCCUUUCUCUUUCUCCUCACUUUCCCUCCUUCUCUACCUCAUCUCUACUAGAUUUCAUUCUACAAACAAGUUUCUUGAUCCACAAAUUAUGAAGACAAUGGCAACUGAUAAACUCAGACUCACAUUUUCUAACUUUGCAUCUUCAAGACAGAACUUGACCAUCAUCCAUAUAUUAAUCCUGAAAAUAAUCCUAAUUGGACGUUUUUUAAUUCCAUGGCUUCCUCUUGAGUCAAUCACUGUUUCCAGGGCUUGUGCUACUGUGUAAUCCCAGAUCAUGUC